AUGCGUCCAGCAGAGUUCAUUGCUGAAGACAUUAAAGGUAUGGGGUCUUUGACCGAACUAUAUCUUCUCACAGACUACCAUGAGUAUGGCUCCCUGUAUGAUUAUCUGCAAUCCACUCCCUUGGAUCCAAAAGCCAUGCUAAACCUGGCCUAUUGCUCUGCUAGCGGCUUGUGCCACUUGCACAUGGAGAUCUUCGGGACUCAAGUCAAGCCAGCUGUUGCCCACCGGGAUCUGAAAAGUAAGAACAUCCUAGUGAAAAAGGAUGGAACCUGCUCUAUAGCAGACCUGGGCUUGGCAGUUAAAUGGUUUCGUGAUAAAAAUGGGGUGGACGUACCACCUAAAACCCUGGUAGGGACAAAGCGCUAUAUGCCUCCUGAGGUGCUGGAUAAAAGCUUGAAUAGCAAUCACUUCCAGUCAUAUCUCAUGGCCGAUAUGUACAGUUUUGGACUCAUUCUUUGGGAGGUAGCAAGGAGAUGUGUGUCAGAAGGAAUAGUUGAAGAAUACCAGCUUCCAUACCAUGAUCUUGUGCCCACCGACCCCUCCUGCAAAGACAUGCGGGAGAUCGUGUGCAACAAGAAGCUCCGUCUCUCAUUACCCAGUAGAUGGAGCAGUGAUGAGUGCCUGAGACAAAUGGAAAAACUUACGACACAGUGUUGGGCUCACAACCCUGCUUCUCGGCUCACAGCCCUGCGAGUAAAGAAAACACUUGCCCAAAUGUCGGAGUCACGGAACAUUACAAUCUGAUUCAACAAAAGACAUCUCUGGCGAAAGCCCAUCCAAAACGACUUUCCCUUGUGGUCAGAGGACAUGAAGAGGAAUCAGAAGCAUUCACUAAUAUGGAUCCUGAACACAGUCAUGCUUCAGAGCAACUGUAGAUUUAACUAACUUCUUUUGAGGAGAGGAGCCUUUGCAAAAUCAGCAGCCUUUGACACACAAGAUCAGAAAAGGCUCGUCCGCUCCCUGUUUGCCUGGGGAGCUACCAUUUCAGUACUGGUUCAAGAUUAUGCAUGUUGCUUUCUGUGAAAGCCCGUUAUUUUUAUUUUAUUUUAUUUUUGAUUGUUUAAAAGAAGACACUUUUUUAAAUUUUUAUGGUUCUAGGAUAAGCCAAAGCACACUUUUUCUAGCCUUUAUUACUGAAAAGUAAAGAAUUUUGAUAUGAAAGGAACAGGUUCACUCAAGAACAAGUCUGGUUCAUCUUAACGGCCACUGAAACCACUGGUGAGUGAAACUGCUGUGAACCGCAUAUGAAAAUGUUGCAUAGGAGACAC